CUGUGUUGUUGUUGCUGUGCUUUAGUUUGAUAGUUUUCUGUCAGCUGUUUUUGUCAGGGAGUAUCGCGAGAACUUGUGGACGCUGCUACCAUAGCGUCGCUAUUGCGGGGUCGUCAUGGUUGCAGAUCAUACAUUAUUAUGAAUGUGAUAAUGAUACUUUUUUUUUUCUGCCAGUGGUAGUCGUAAUGAAAUGUUUGUAGAAACUCAUAUAGGCUUUAGUUUCACUGGGAUUUGUGACGUAUUAUAAAUAAGCGACCUGUCUCUUUAAAUGGUGUGGGGUUUUUUUUUUUAACGGGGCGGGGCUUAGUUGGCGCAACUUCUAGCGCGGGAAAUUCCGUUUCAAAUAGUAAAACCGGGAAGACGCUUGAGCAGAAGCUAAGAAAUUUUUUUUUACCAUCGCCGUAGUUUGCCUUAGUUCUGUCUCCUGGUUAGCUUGUAGUUUGUCUUUAGUCCAUUUUAAUCAUUUUCGGAGCUUUCUGUUUUUCUUCCAACAUGCCUGCUCUAGAAGUGACGGAUGCCUCUGCAAUCUCUCCAUCCAAGAGACCAAAGACAGAAACAAAGCCUGCAGUAGAAAGACCUGUCCUCAGAUUUGCAAAGCUGUCUGAGCAUGCAACGAAACCAACCAGAGGAUCAUCAAAAGCAGCUGGAUAUGACCUUUACAGUGCUUAUGACUACUCCAUUGGUCCUCUGGAUAAGGCCAUUGUAAAGACAGACAUCCAGAUAGCAGUUCCCCAUGGCUGCUAUGGGAGAGUGGCACCAAGGUCUGGUCUGGCAGUGAAAAACUUCAUUGAUGUUGGUGCUGGGGUUGUAGAUGAAGACUACAGAGGAAAUGUUGGAGUUGUUCUCUUUAACUUCAGCAAGGAAACAUUUGAGGUGAAAAAAGGCGACAGAAUUGCUCAGCUGGUUUGUGAGAGGAUCUGCUACCCAGAUCUGGAGGAGCUUGAGACACUUGAUGAGACCGAGCGUGGUGCUGGAGGUUUUGGAUCAACUGGAAGAAACUAAAAGUCCAUUUUGUUGUGCUGUAUAUGUUGAAAGUAUAUUGAUCAGUUUAAAUAAAGUUAAUUGUUUUGUA